GUCCAUCUAUAUAGUCAAAGAAUCCGAAAGUGUUAGAUGAACACGCGUGUUGCUUUGCUUUGUUCCUCUUCUUACAUUCUACUGCUCUAUCUUUUCAAUGCGGUGUGGAAGGAAUCUAGAAAGGACAGGUCUUGGCGAAGCAAAAGCAGUGCAAAUAGCCUCUCUGGAGAAUAAGGAGGGAGAAGCUGAUUCUCUUCUUGAGCAAAUUGUAAACAGUAGUGGUGCUAUUCCUUCUGUAAUAACAUUCUUUUCAUUUUUUAAACUCCACCCCCACAUGAUUUAUUGCUUGAUUGAUUCAGAAAACACCACCUUGCCUGCCCACACAGUUGCCCAUUUCUUUUUUCUGGGGUUUUGACUCGUUCUCCCUACGACUCCAACAAGUCAGCCAAUCGCAGAUUAACAAUAGCACUGUUUACUCAUAGUGAUUUAUGCUGUGUUGCUGAUCAAAUCAUUUGAUCGAGUGAAAAGAAGAGAAGAAAGGAAGGAGUGAUGUGGCCCGUGGUAGUAAUAUUUGCUGGAGGCUUUCUUUCUGGCCUGCUCACUCUUGUUGCUUUACAAGCUCUGGGUGUUUAUGUUUUGAUUAAAAGAUUGAAUCGAAAGACUCAACAACAACAAGCAUCACAUUCUUCUUCUUCUUCUCCACAUCAUCAAGACCUCGAUCCCCAACAGUCCCUUGAUUAUGCCCAUAACAAGAAGGGAUAUGUCUGGGUUCUUGAUUCAGAUCAGGUUCUGAAAAAUUGGCCAGUGGAAAAAGUACAGAAAGAUCAAAAGAAGAAAAAGGAGCUCCUUGAGGUCACUCCCAUCCGAAAACAGGCAAAAAUCAAGGAUAGGUCACUUAUUUUGACAGAUUCAGGUGGCUCACAUAGAGUUAUUCCUUUGAAAGGUUGUGCAAUAGAAGCUGUGUCAGCUACAAGCCUUUCAUCAAGAAAAUGGGCCAAAAGAUUUCCAAUAAAAGUGGAAAGCAAAACAUCACCAAUAUAUAAUGCAAGUAAGACAGUUUUUAUAUUUCUUGAGACAUCCUGGGAGAAGGAGUCAUGGUGUAAAGCCCUCCGUCUUGCUUCAAGUGAUGACCAAGAAAAACUUAACUGGUUCAUCAAGUUGAAUGAAGAGUUCCUACGUUAUUUGACAUCCUUAAAUACAGAAUACCCUUCAUUUAUGAAACCCUCUGUUGGUUUCUAUGUUGAGCCAGUUGAUAGGGCCAGUAGGUUUGAUGGUUCUGAAUCAAAGGUUCGCCUGUUUUGGAAAAAGCUUGCCAGAAAGGCAUCAAAGAGUGGUGUAGAAAAUAAGGUGAGUUCCUUGUUAGGCCGUGAAGAGAGAAAGAUUAAUGAUAAAUAUCAUCCAUCCCAUGACCCAGCUUUUUCUGGUAGUGUGGGAAAGAAUGAUCCAACAUUGAAGGCACCUAUCACCUCCGAGGAAGAAAAUAUUUCGUUACCUUCAUCAUCAACCAGUUCCCGUGCCUCAAGCCUAAGCCAGCUUCAAGUAAUUUCUGAUGCAGACGCUGAUGAAAAGUUAAAUGUUGAUGAGGGAACACUCUGCUGGAACUUGAUUAUUUCUCGGCUCUUUUUUGAUGCCAAAAGCAAUGACAGGAUGAAGAGUUUAACGCAAGCGCGGAUUCAGAGAACUUUGUCCAAUAUGAGGACCCCCAGUUACAUUGGCGAAGUCAUAUGUACUGAUCUAAACCUUGGGAAUCUCCCGCCUUAUAUCCAUGGUAUUAGGGUUCUUCCUACACACAUGAAUGAGGUAUGGGCAUGGGAAGUUGAUAUCGAAUAUUGUGGCGGGUUAGUGCUAGAUAUUGAAACAAGACUGGAAGUUCGUGACCUAGAUUUGCAGAGAGGUCUGGUGGAUACAGACGUGGGAUCCAGCUCUGUUAGGGAUGCUUCGUCAGACCUUCUGGAAGGUUUUGACCAUCUUGGAAAGCAGUUGAAUUUUUCUGAAGGGACUGUUGAUUCGCGAGAAUGGAAGGAUGAGGAUAAUCCUAAGUCUGAUAAAUUAAAGGACUCUAAGAGUGGCAUAUCAACAUCAACAAAUGUAUCUAGGUGGAAGUCCCUCCUUAAUUCUGUUGCAAAACAGGUUUCACAGGUGCCACUCUCUUUGUCAAUAAGGUUAGGAUCCCUUCGUGGAACAGUGCGAUUACAUAUUAAGCCACCUCCUUCUGAUCAGUUAUGGUUUGGCUUCACAUCCACACCUGAUGUGGAGUUUGAGUUGGAGUCUUCUGUUGGGGAACGCAAGAUCACUAGUGGGCAAGUAGCGUUAUACCUGAUCAAUAAAUUUAAGGCUGCAAUCCGGGAGACAAUGGUUCUUCCAAACUGUGAAAGCGUGUGCAUUCCCUGGAUGUUAGCAGAAAAGAAUGACUGGGUCCCUCGAAAUGUUGCUCCUUUUAUAUGGAUUAAUCAAGAAGCCGCCAGUGAUAAUGCCACUGCACUUGAACUACUGAACUCCCAACUUGAUGCAAAAACCAAGAUUGAAGCUGGCAGGGAAACCUCAUGCGAUCAUCCAGAAAGCAGGCAUAAAAAAACAAGGAAUGCUGAAAAUGUUCAACCACCAUAUUCUGAUUCUUCAGAUGAUUUGACUCAAGCAUUAAGCUCUAACAAGCCAUCAAUGAAAAAUGACAAGUCAUCGCAAGAUCUAACAAGUCCUUUGUUGGCAAACAGUGAAGCGCAAGAAACUGGCCAAAACAGCUCAGGGUAUGCCUCGGAAAGUCAAUCACCAUCUAGGUCUCUGAUAUCUCUGGAAAAACAGACUCGUUCUGUUGAAGAAGACGAUUCAAGACCAAAGAAAAUGGGAAGGAGGGCGAAGAUGCUUGAUCUAGGGAAGAAGAUGGGGGAGAAAUUUGAAGAAAAGAGGCGCAAUAUUGAAGAAAAGGGUAGGAAUAUCGUUGACAAGAUGCGAGGACCAUGAAAAUGCCAAAACAAGUUGACUGUUGGGAGAGACAAGAAAUGGUGGCAAAUACUAUUUUCUUCAUUGAGGAAUGAAGGCAUCGAUCAGUUCUCAUAGAUGGUAUCUAUUUUUUAGGUUGAGAUAAAUCCUUGGGUACAGAAAUUCAUUUACAUUUAUUUCAUGAAGAAUAAGAUACAGCGAGGAGGCUAGAAUUGACAACAAAAAUAGGUAUAUAUAGAAAGCAACUUUAGGCCUUGAGUUUACAUAGAUAGGUCUUUGUUGUAAGAGUGACAUGACUAGUUAUAGUUACCAAAACUCUAAAACAUGUGGGAUUUCUACUAUACAUGCACUAUGGAUCAAAAGAUUGUCUUAA